AUGGCCAUUGCAACGUUUCCUGCCGGAGUUGUAGAGAUAGGAUGCUGGAUGCAUGCAAGCCAAAGACAAGUAUCACGUCUGAGGCUGGCUUUUUUAAGAGCGGUACUGAGGCAGGAGAUGGGAGCUUUCGAUACAGAUUUAAGCAGUGCUAAAGUAAUCACCGGAAUUACCGAUCACAUGCGCAUCAUACAGGAUGCUAUUGGAGAGAAGGUCCGCAUUUUUAAGUUUGCACCUACCUCCUCCUCCUCCUUCGUGUUGUCUCCAUCACUUAUGGCUUCUACAAAUGAAAGGGGAGGAGGAGGGGGGGACAAAAAACUAGUGAUUGAUACGAUUCAGAUCAAAACCGUAUACGCAUUUGUUGGAGAAAACCGAGCAAUCAAGUCGCUUUCGAAGUGCUUAGAGAAGCAACUCAUUUUAAGCAAGCAAGAAGCAUUAAUAAAGGGUGCAGGGACCGGUAUGUUUCAAACUGUGACCUUCACUUCGUGGGCUCUCAUUGUUUGGGUCGGAGCAGUUGUUGUUGUGAACAAGAGAUCAACUGGAGGAGACGUCAUAGCUGCAGUUAUGAGCAUCCUCUUCGGAGCUAUAUCACUCACUUAUGCUGCACCAGACAUGCAGAUAUUCAACCAAGCAAAAGCUGCAGGGAAGGAAGUCUUUCAGGUGAUCCAAAGAAAAUCUGCAAUAAAUUCUGACUCAAAAGGGAAGAUACUGGAAGCCAUUGAUGGCAACAUUGAUCUCCGAAAUAUAUACUUUGCUUACCCCUCCCGGCAGGAAAAGGUGAUCCUUCAAGGGUUCUCAUUUUCAAUCCCAGCAGGAAAGGUGGUGGCACUGGUCGGAAGUAGCGGGUGCGGCAAAAGCACUAUCAUCUCCUUACUCGCUAGAUUUUAUGAUCCUGAAAAAGGUGACAUUUUUAUUGACAACCACAAUAUAAAGGAACUUGAUUUGAAGUUCCUCAGGAGAAACCUCGGCUUAGUUUCCCAGGAGCCAUCACUCUUUGCUGGUAAUAUCAAGGAUAACAUCAAGAUAGGAAAGAUGGAUGCAGAUGAUGAAGAGAUCCAGCAUGCUGCACUUUUAGCAAAUGCAGAUUCUUUUAUAUCCCAACUACCAGACAAGUAUUUAACAGAGCAAAGAGAGAAUGGCACUUCCAUUCAGUUCCUUUGCAUCCUCAGCUACAGUAAUGUCAACAACCAAUCAUUAUUGUUGUCCUUUCUGAUGAGUCUUCAGCAGCUUCAAGUUACUGAAAUCUUCACCUGCUGCAUUAUAUCAUUUGAAAAUCGUGAUCCACCAGACUGGAAUGACACACUAGUAGUUACACAUAUCAAACUCAAGCGGAGCUAA